AUCAUUUUUAUCUACUUUCAUCUUAAAACAAUGCAAUAUUACCUUAGUAAAUUUUCUUAUACAGGUGAAAAUAAUGGAAAUGUUAAAGUGAUCCCAUUUAGCUGAAAGAUUCUGUAAGCUGAAAGAUUUUGUAGAUAUACUAAACAUAGUUGGAAUUAAAUUUUCUUAACUUAUCUCACUUCGAAUAAAAUUAAAAGGAUGAAAGCGUAAAAUAAAACUGAUUUACAGCUAACGAAAAUGGUGCAAGACGUGAUCAAGGGCGACGCAACGCUCCCAGUGGGUGACGACAUGUCGUCGCCGCUCGACGAAAGAUUAGUGAAUUUAGAGAACGCUGUAGACAAUUUGGAUCAGGUUGUUAAGAAUUUACAAAUAAUCGCGGGCGAGGCGGAGGGUCUGGAAGGCGAGCGUACAGAAGGUACAGAAGAAGGAAGAGCCGAGGAUGCCCCGGAACACACGCAAAAAAGAAUUUCCUUAACUCAGCUCUUGGGGGGAAUAGACAUAAAGCAAAUGCAGAAUGACGUGACUACCUUGAAAGUGGACGUCUCACGAAUGAAAGAUGAAAUGAAGCAAGUACAAGGGAAAAUUGCGAAAACGAAGACUGAGCUUGCUCAAAAAGUGGAGUCAAUGGUAGAAGUACAAAAGGAGCAAAAGAAGGAGCAAAAGGAGCAAAAGGAGCAAAAGAAGGAGGAGAAGGAGGAAAAGAAGGAGCAAAAGAAGGAGCAAAAGAAAGAGCCAGAACCGGCAGAAACGGACGAUGAAGAGCCGAAAGUCGAUGAAACAAAAGAAGAUGUAACAAUGCCUAGGAAAGGAACAGUGAAAGAGAAGGUGGAAAGUCCGAAGUCACCUACGGAAAAGAUAGAUAUAGAUAUAAGUAUAGAUUCGGAGGACCUGGAUUCGAUUAGAGGACGAAUUUCGAAGCUGGAGAAGGAUGUAUCAUGCUUGUUCGAGAAAGUAGAAAGCGCACCGAUGGCCGGUGUUGCGGGCACCGCCGAUAUUGAGGAUUUGGUUGCAAAGAUUCACGAGAUCCAGACCGAAAUGGAGAAACUGAAUCAAACAGCUGAUCGUUUGAUCGAUGAUCGUGAAAACCGUGAGAUGCAUCUUAAUGCAUUAUUAGAACAAGUAGAGCUUCUGAAGACCCUGAAAGCCGACAGGGAAGAUCUUGAGGAUGCGCUUGCUGAGAAAGCUGAUGCACAUGCGAUAAAUAGAAAGGUUUCAUAUGAUCAAUUCGACGCAGCGUGUGACGAUCUAGCUCAAGGCCUUGAGGACGCGAUCGGUAAGCUUGGGCAACAGGAAGCGAUAUGGCAGCAGGCGUUAGAUGAAGUACAGAAGGAAAUCGAGGGCAAGGUUGACAAAAUGGAAAUGUCGCCGCUGAAAGAUUUCGUGAACCAUCGACUGAAGUCACUACAGGAGAAACUGAAGGCGAUUUCUGAAGCUAGACAAGAACUUGAAGCAGCUGGUACCAAGAAACUGCUUAGAGAUGUUCAAUGCAUAUCAUGCGACAAAGACGUCGUCAUGCGAAUGGACCCCGACCGUAGAUUUAAAGUAGAUGGAUUCCCUUGCUCCCUGAGUAUGAAGCCAUAUCUAACAUAUGAAUUGGAUCAAGUUAGGAAGCAACGCAAAAGAUUACCGCAUAGUAGAAAUAUGAUUCAAUUUGAGGCAGCUAUGCAAGAGGAGACGAAGAAGCAAAGGAGCGCACGAGACCCGCUUGAUAAGACUCCUAGGGAUCACCUGUGCAAUCGAUAUUGCGGUGGCAGUCAUACGGUCACGACUCCUCAGCAGAGAGUAAUGCGAGUAGGCCAUUUCCUCACGCAGUGGGGACCGGAGAUAGUUCAACUGACGGAAGGGAUGAUAAAAGGAACGGAUGGCAAGAUGUACAAGGGUCGACGAAUGUUGAAUAAAAUUGACGUUUGCGGCCCGUCUUACUGUAGUGAUCACGGUGACGAAAUUCGAUCAAUGGAUCGACCAUCGAUCACUGCUACUGUAUCAUCUCGUAAAUCUUCUGAGAGACAAACUUCCAGCACCGCAAGAAAACGGCCAACAAGAAGACGCUCUCGAGAAAUAAGCAAAGAAGUAAUCGAAGAGGUUUCGGAAGCGCCUGUCGAAGAAACAGAUCAAGAAUCUGAUGCGCCAACCGAUACGGUUGAACCUCCAGGACAUAUGCCUCGGUACAUCGACGAGGAGGAAAUGGGAGAGCAAGAUUAAUCGAAACUACUAUUAAUUACUGUAAAUUUAAUCAAAUGUUUUGUAUGAACACUAAACUCUUAUAGACUGUAAUACCAAUUAUAAUAGAGCAAAGGAUAAUAAUAUAAAAAAUAUUUGAAAAGAAUUCACGAAUUCCUAU